GUGAAAUCUGUUUCACUUUGUGUUCAUGUUUCAGAUCUGAGCUCUAAAGUCAUGAAGCUGCACACAAAAGUCAACACAACUGAGAAUCUGCAACACAACCUGAACACAGAGCUGCAGGUCAGACUGAGAGACAACGAGAAACAUCUGGAAGACCUGAACACACUGAACACAGAUCUGACCUCUGAACUCAUGAAGCUGUACACAAAAGUCAACACAACUGAGAAUCUGCAACACAACCUGAACACAGAGCUGCAGGUCAGACUGAGAGACAACGAGAAACAUCUGGAAGACCUGAACACACUGAACACAGAGCUGCAGGUCAGACUGAGAGACAACGAGAAACAGCUGGAAGACCUGAACACACCAAACACAGGUGAGCUGAAGGUGGCGUUCUCGGCUGGUCUGACUGAUUCAGGAGCCGUCGGGCCUUUCGACCAAGAGACCACGCUCAUCUUUUCCAAAACCUUCACCAACGUGGGCGGAGCCUAUGACCGGACGUCAGGCGUGUUCACUGCUCCUGUCGGAGGAAUUUACUUCUUCAGCUUCACGGCUGCGGACUACCUGAAGGGCUACAUGGGUCUGCACCUGUACCGCAACGAGAAGCCCGUCGUCUUCAGCCUGGACCUCAACGACCAUGGUGGCUACACCUCCGCCUCCACCGCCGUGUCCCUGCAGCUGGACCGGGGCGACAGUGUGCGCCUGAGCCUGCCCGCCUCCUACCGGCUCUACGACGACUCCAGGAACUUCAGCAUCUUCUCGGGCUUCCUGCUGUUCGCUGUGUGA